UCCCUCUCUCUCAUAAUCAAUAUACCAAGACAAACCUCUCUGUUCUUUCUUUCACUUUUCAAGUUCUCAAUUUCUUGUAAAACCAAAAAAUGGAACACUUGUUGGGUCUUCUCAGAAUUCACAUCCACAGAGGCGUUAAUCUUGCCGUCAGAGACAUGAAUAGCAGCGAUCCUUACGUUGUUGUCCGACUGGGCAAACAGUUGUUAUUUGACUUGAGUUGUUAUCUAAAAAAUUUGAUGCAGAAAUUAAAGACGCGGGUGGUGAAGAAGAAUCUCAAUCCUGAGUGGAAUGAAGAUUUAACUCUUUCCGUCGCAGACUCUAAUCUUCCAAUCAAGCUUACAGUGUAUGAUAAGGACACAUUCACCCUUGACGACAAGAUGGGAGAUGCAGAGUUUGACAUUAGACCAUUCCUAGAAGCAAUGAAGAUGCAGUUGGGGAACCUCCCUAGUGGAACCAUAAUAACCAGAGUAAAACCGAGCCGGGACAACUGUUUAGCAGAAGAGAGCUGCAUUAUGUGGACCGACGGCAAGGUUGUCCAGGAUAUGGUUCUUAGACUGCGAAACGUUGAGUGUGGUGAGGUUGAAAUCCAGUUGCAGUGGAUAGAUGUUCCGGGUUCCAGAGGUCUGCAUAUGUAAUUUACACUGUGCGCGCAGGCUGGUUUCUGCUUGGUGUCAUAGCAUGGCUCCAAAUGAGUUACUCUCUAAGUAGUACUGUUUUUUUCAUUGACAUGUAAAACAGAACUACGAUUUGCAGUAUUUUCCUCCUAUGUAUUAUGUCAAUCAAAAGGAGGUUCGUAAACAUGCUGAGACAAAUUUUUUUUUUUUUUUUAUCUUUGGUAAUAAAUUAAUUAUAAUUUGGGUUCUAAUCUAUUUUUAGAUAUUUACUAUUUUGAUUCUGUGUUACUAUUCUUGCCAAUUUCUGAGCAAUAGUUCAGGGUAAUUGGUGAUAUGGA